AUGUCAAAACCUCGACUCACGCACCGUCAGCCCUUCAAGGGCUUCUACGUGGUCUAUCUCGCCGUUUCAUACACGCUUGUUAGGCUGCCCUUAUGGUGUAUCAAGUACUCACCGAAGAAGAAUCGUCCACGGUCGUCAUGGACCCUCAAACGCUACAUCACCGUCGCCACCUACAGAGAGCUGAACCUCAGCACAAGCCAUCCGUUCCCGACCUCUGACAAGGAACUGAAGAACGCGAAAUUCCUGUUCAUUGACGGGAUAGGCUCCGCAUCCGAUGCCUUUUGCGGGGAAGUUCAACGAGCUGCCCAAAUCACCGGUGUCACCCCCGACUCCGGUCCUGGGACGGACAUCCCUCCAACGCUAGCGCAACCAGGCGAGCGGGUGGCACUGCAUAUCCACGGAGGCGCCUUCUUCUUGGGCAGCGCACACCCUGAUGCACCGACGUCACAGCUGAGCCACGGCAUUCUCGAUCACAGCAGCACUCUACUCAGGAUCAUGGUCGUCGACUAUCGUCUCGCGACCGCAUCCCCGAACCCCCCAGGGAACCAUUUCCCAGCAGCCCUCCUCGACUCUAUUGCGGCGUACCAAUAUCUCACCAAGGAUGUUGGGUUUCUUCCCCAGAACAUCACCCUUGUUGGUGAUUCUGCAGGGGGCAACAUCGCCUUCGCCUUGGUCCGGCACAUCCUUGAGAACCCAGGGGCGGGCCUUCCGCUCCCCGGUCGUCUUCUUUCGUGUUCAUCGUUUCUCGACGUUUCUUUAUCUCGGCAGGAACCCGGUUCGUCCAUCUACCGCAACCACGGGAAUGACAUCCUCGGCGUCGAUGAUCGUUACAUGCAUGACGCCUACCUCGGUCCUCUUGGGAUAGAGGAGGCGAAGAGAAACCCGUAUAUUUCACCAGUAUCGCCUCAUAUCAAGAACCACGAAGGCCUCUUCAAGGGUUUCCCACGCACUUUCAUCUCAGCAGGCGAAGCAGAAAGCAUCCUGGACGACUCGGUGAUUGUCGCGGAGAGACUGAAGGCGGACGGUGUCGAUGUGGUGUGUGACAUUGUCCUCGACGCCACCCACGACUUUGCCAUGUUCCCUUGGCACGAACCGGAACGCACUCCUGCUUUGAAAAGAAUGUGCGCGUGGCUAGAUGACUGA